CUAAUGGGUUUUUUUGAGAAAACAUUAUCUCCUGUUUCCAUCUUGAGCUCUCUGCCAGGCUACAGCUUUUACAUUAAUAACUUCACUGUUUUUCUCUUUGGUCCAGAAAAGCUUUCCUUACCCAUGACUGUAUAUGGUAGGCAGCCACAGUUUUCACUGCAAUGUGGCAGUCUUGAUUUUUCCCAUGGUAUUUGUGUCCAGACUAUGAAAUUGGUAAUGUCAUUCUUGUUCACAGAUUAGGAAACGGGGGGUCAGAGAGCGAAAGUGUGGUCCUGCCAGGAGUAGUGGAGAUAAGACUGAACCUCACAGCUCAGGGCCUGCACCCAGACCUGCUUUGUCCUCUCUGUCCCUGACCUAGUGGGUAGCCAAAGCUGAGAGGACAGAGCAGAACUCGAGAGUAACAAUAUUUCAUGAGGUAUGUGAGGACUGAAAGCCUCAUAGAGUCCUUCAACCAUGCUCUUGGCAUAACGACUGUUGUGUUUAUAGUGACUGGUGAAUUGUCAGACCUCAACCAACCACCAUUCUCCACUGGAAGCUGAUCUUGGAAAGGUCAGAGGUCCCGAGGGUGCGCAGAUGGGAAGGAGGAGACUGACAUUUAUUGAGCACCUACUUGGUGCCAGACACUGGAAGUAUUAAAGAUUCAGGGUGACUUGCCUCAGUUCUGGCCCCAAAGGAGCACCAUCUGGGAGACACAUAAGUAGCAACAUGGUAUGGUGGAGUCUGGAAUGGGGUUUACUGUGAAUCGUGUACGGAGUGGCAGAAUUCACAGUAAAAGCUUUUUGGAAGAAGUGACACUGUGGUGGGGUAUUACUGAGCAAAAGAGAAAAGGAGGGAGGGAGAGGAGGUAAGAAUAUUCAAGGCUUCACUGGGAUACGGGGUGUGUUGUAGGGAGAUUGUAUUGAAUCCCAUAUUCCCAUAUUGGAAGAACACUCAAGCCCAUUUACAGUGCAGGACCAAUGCUAAGAGAGGCUGAGUCACAUUGGCAGGAAAGAGCAGAGCCAGGAACUGAAGCUAAGUCUGUGACUGAGAGCCAGCACUCUCUCCACUGCAGAGGGCAGAGGUCUCAAGGUAGAACCUGGGGCUGUGCACACCGCGGGAGGGGCAGAGGCCCCUGGAAAGGAACAGGAGCAGGAGGCCCAGGGCUGCGCAGCGACCAGGGAGGACACGAGGAAGGUGCUUGUGUCACUGGUGGAAGACGUGGCUUUGGCUUUUAGACUCCCCUUGGGGCAGGAGCGGAUCAUAGAGCCUAGCCCCAGCUUCGGUGGUGGGUGGGGGUCCUCCCGGCAGCGGGGACGUAGACACCAGCAUCUUCACCCUGCGGCUCCCAGACGAGUGUGGGAGGGCAGAGUCCAGAGAAUUGGAGGUUGGGCCAACGUGGGCCCCGCCCCCAACUAUUGUGUCGGAGAGGGUAGUGGAUGAGCUCCUCGGUAAGAACCAAUGAGGAUGUGGUAUGCAAAUAAGCAAGUGGAGGCCGCUAGUCGACUUCCUCGCACUGUGUAGCUGCCCCAGUGAGGGCGCAGACUGUACUGGCCUGCGCGGAGCAAGGCCGUGUUUCUGGUGAGUCCGUUGAUUCCGGUCUGGGGCGAAAGCCAGGUUGCCCAGGGUUUGGGAGUAGGGAGGGUUAAGCACACGCAGAUCCAAAGAUGAUCGGAGACAGGAUGAUCCUCUGCGAUUCCAUCCCAAUGACUCUGGGAACUGCCUGCCUGCAGACGCAUGGGGGCCAUGGAGCAGAGGAAGGGCUGGAUGCAUGAAGGACGCGGGGUGCGGGGAGCAAGGGAACCGCAGACUCCAGGGCCACAGAUGUGUGGACCUAUUGGAGACCCUCACGUUGUCUCCCCAGCCCGCGCAGAGAGGAAUGCGCAGCUGAAGAGAGAGGUGGGCAGCAGGCUCGGUCACCUGCCAGGUGACCACAUGGCCAGGUGCCGCCACCACUCGGGCUACGUGGCUGACGAUGAGGCCAGCCACUCCAUGUGCAGUGCACGAGUGCAGCUACCCAAGAAGCCACUGGUUCCGGAGAUGGGGCCAGCCUCCAAGCCGGGCCGUGUGCCACACCCACCAUCCACAUGUGGCAGCUCAGCGCUCCAGAACCAACGCCGAAACAAGAGGCACCCUCAGCCCUUUAGCCACUUUCUGGAUUUCCUGACUGAAAGCCAUGUCCUGGACAGCCUGGAGACAGUGGUGGAGAAGGCGACUGAGCGCAUGGCUGCCAUGAAGACCGAGGCUGGGGUGCCGCUUGUGGAGGUGCAGGACCCAGUGGAGGUGCCAAGUGGUGGGCGGCGGGCACAUGCCCGGCCCAGCCUCGGCACUGUACACCGGCACCGUGUACGGCCGACCCUCUGCACUGGAUACCCCAACAACUACCCAUCCAGCUCCAGCUCCAUGUCCGACUCCCAUAGCAGCCUCAUGGCUGGCUGGCUGGGCUCCCACAGCCGGGACAGUGACCUAGGUGCCCAAGGCUUAGGCUCACUGCCACCUGUGAAGGACAAACUCCUGCUGGAGAAGAAUCUCAAGCGGCUGCUACAGCUGGAGAGGAAAGGGAAAGGCCUCAGUCAGUCCUGCUCCAAGAGGGACUCCCUGCUGUGGGAUUUGCUGGGCAGCCAGACCAGCUUUCAGUGGACCCAGGAGCAGCCCCUGUCCUGGUUCUCGGAGCUGCUGGGCUCAAGCUCUGGUGUGCCUGAAGCAUCAGAGCCGAGGCCUGGAGAACAGGAGCCGAUCUGCAAACGAGAGUUCAAUAAAGAGAUCAAGUCGUUACUGAGCCGGCUGGAGUCCCUCAACCUGCCUGGCUACUGUCCGCUCCGUGAGCCCCAUCGCACACUGAACUUCCUGGCUGACCACCGCCUCUUCCCUGCCCUGCAGAGCGUCGUCAACCAGGCUGUGGAUAAGCUCCGCGGCGCCCGCUGCCGCGACGGCCGUCCUCUGUUCCCCACCAGCUUGGAGCCCCCCUCAGAGCUGCAGGUUCAACGAAAUCUGCCGCUGCUGGGCUCUGAGCCGGCUAAACCCACCAACAGCGGGCAGCCCCACCCCACAGUCUCCAGCCCCAAGACGCCUCAGAGAAAACACAAGGACAGAGGAGGCUCCCCCUCCAUGUCUAGUGCCCAGGUGGCCACCAGAUUCAAGCUCAAGAGCCCCCGCAGCAGUGGCAGGUUCACAAAGAAGAAGCCGCUGCCCUCCAUCUCAUCGAAGUCCAGCAUGUCUCACUUCUCCAACCGCCUUUAUGAGGAGCUCGCCGACUUCCUGACCCAGCAGGCAGCCUCCCUGCUCAUCCGCAAGUAUGAGUUUGAAAAGGACCUCAGUAAGCAGCUGGGCUUCUUCUCCUUUCCUGUCACCCAAGUGCUCAGGGACCUUUCCCUGGGCUUAAAGAAGGUGAAAGGCUCCCACAUCCAGCUGUCCUCGGAGACCCACCGGAGCUGCCUGCUGCGUAAACUGGAGGAGGCCAAAAGGGCCCGGCAGACCUCCCGGCUCAGCACCCCCCACCGCAGCACAGAGACACCCUCUGUGCAGCGGGAACCGGCCACCCACACUGCCCAGGACCAGGCCACAGAGCCCUGCCGCUCCAUUUACACCAACUUGCCAGCCAGCCGGCAGCUCAGCCCAUUGGAGCCCAAGCUCUCAGUGUCCGCUGGCACUGGCAUGGGUUCCAGUCUCCCCAAGUCCAAGGACACGGACAGUGAAGGCCAUGAUGAGGCCGAGGUUGAAGAUGAAGAUGAGGAUGAGUACAAGGAUGAGGACCAGGAUGAGGACAAGGAGGAGGAUGGAGUCCAGAGCCUCCCAGAACCUGGAGAGGAGGCCUCGGUCAGCCACUCUGUGGACGUGGGCCAUAGCGACCCACCAUGAAGUCCCCACUAGCCACUGGAUUCCCUGCUCUGUCAGAGUUGCUGCCCGUUACACCAGCCCCUGCCAUGAGCAGAGUCACCACAGGCUGAAUGCCCAUGAGGAGCUCUGCUGAGACUCUCAGGGGAGCCAGCGAAAGAAAUAGAAAUAAAGCCUGUGUUGCUGGGACACAGGUUUGUUGUCCUGA